AUGGGAAGCACCGACACCGGCGGCCCCGGCGGCAGCGGCAGCGGCUCAGACUGGGCCACCGAGCCCAUCGCCAUCAUCGGCCUGAGCUGCAAAUUCGCCGGCGAAGCCUCCUCCCCAUCGGGCCUCUGGAACAUGAUGUCGAAAGGCCGCAACGCAUGGACGCCCUUCCCCUCGUCGCGCUUCAACGCCAAGGGCGCGUACCACCCGGACUCGCACAAGCUCAGCACGACGAGCGUCAAAGGCGCCCACUUCAUGGACGAAGACCCAGGCCUCUUCGACGCGAACUUCUUCAGCUUCUCAGGCGAGGCCGCGGCGGCCGUCGACCCGCAGUACCGGCUGCAGCUCGAGUCGGCGUACGAGGCGCUCGAGAAUGCCGGACUGCCGAUGGGUGCCGUGGCGGGCUCCAACACGGCCGUGUACUCGGCUAUCUUCAUGCACGACUACCAUGAGGGGCUUGUGCGCGAUGAGGAUAACUUGCCGCGGUUUGAGCCCAUCGGCACGCUGGUUGCCAUGUCGGCGAAUCGGAUCUCGCACUUCUUUGAUCUUCGUGGCGCGAGCUUCACGCUCGAUACCGGAUGCUCGGGGGCCCUUGUCGCGCUGCAUCAGGCUGUCUUGGGCUUGCGAGCAGGUGAGGCCGAUAUGGCCAUCGUCAGUGGGGCGAAUGUCAUGUUGGCGCCUGAUCAGUUCAAGACGUUGACGUCCUUGGGUAUGCUCUCGCCCGACGGCAAGUCGUAUGCGUUGGACGCACGCGCAAACGGAUAUGGCCGCGGUGAAGGUGUGGGAACAAUAGUCGUCAAGCGUCUGAGAGACGCUCUUGCGGCAGGAGAUCCGGUGCGGGCCAUCAUACGCGAGACGGCCUUGAACCAGGAUGGCAAGACGGAAACCAUCACGACUCCAUCCGAGUCGGCUCAGGUCGAGUUGAUGCGGGAGUGCUAUCGACGAGCGGGCCUCAGUUCAAGUGAUACACAAUACUUUGAGCUCCACGGCACGGGCACACCAACCGGUGACCCCAUCGAGGCGCGCGCCAUCGCAGCUGUCUUCGGACCGGGAGGACCAACCCGAACAGGCCCUCUACGCGUCGGCUCAGUGAAAACAAACAUUGGCCACACUGAAGCGGCCUCAGGCCUCGCAUCAGUCAUCAAGGUGGUGCUGGCUCUGGAAAGGGGCCAGCUCCCGCCGACCGUAAACUUCGAGACGCCCAACCCCAAGCUGCGGCUCGACGAGUGGAAUCUAAAAGUAGCCACAGACCUUGAACCAUGGCCAGCCGCACCGGGCGAGCCGUGGCGUGCUUCCGUCAACAAUUUUGGGUAUGGAGGCAGUAACAGCCAUGUCAUUCUCGAAGGCGUUAGGUCCUUCCUCUCAGCUUCUUCGUCACAGACCAAUGACCAUUUCGAAGCCGAGAGCAGCAGCAACCCCAAGUCUGAGCUCCUCGUCUUCUACGCCCGCGACGAGCAAGCCUGCAAACGCAUGGUCUCCAGCACCAAGGAGUACCUCCAACAGCACAGCAGCCUUGGCCCAUCAACCAUGCAAGACCUCAGCUACACCCUCAGCCUCCACCGCACCCGCUUCCCCUCAGGCUGGGUCUCCGCACACGUGGUGCCCUACACAGACACCGACCCAACCCCAGCCACCGAUGCCCUCGACACAGCAACCCAAUUCAAGCCCACCCGCCUCCCCUCAACCCCGCCCCGCAUCGGCAUGGUCUUCACGGGCCAAGGCGCCCAAUGGUACGCCAUGGGCCGCGAGCUGAUCGAGCCAUAUCCCGUCCUCAAGGCGACGCUCAUCGAGGCAGAUGACUACCUCAAGGACUUCGGCGCCGAAUGGUCGCUGAGCGAGGAGCUGAUGCGCGACGCGGCGACAACGCGAGUGAACCAGACGGCGCUCAGCAUCUCCAUCUGCGUGGCUGUGCAGAUCGCGCUGGUGCGUCUGCUUAAAACAUGGGGUAUUACACCUGCGGCCGUGACAAGCCAUUCGUCGGGCGAGAUUGCUGCGGCGUAUGCCGCUGGGGCGCUGAGUCUGCGGCAGGCUAUGGCUUGUGCGUACUACCGCUCGUCGUGUGCGGCGAUUACUCCACGGAGUGGUCCCAAGGGGGCCAUGGCGGCUGUUGGCGUGGGAGAGAAGGCAGCGGUGGCGUACUUGGAGCGUCUCACGAAGGCGGAUGGUAAGGCAGUCGUGGCAUGCGUGAACAGCCCCAACAGCGUGACCAUCGCUGGCGAUGAGGCGGCGGUGGUUCAUGUUUUGGAAAUGGCCGAGGAGAACAGCGUCUUUGCGCGCCGUCUCAAGGUCGAUACGGGCUAUCAUUCCCACCACAUGAUGCCCAUUGCCGAGCCCUACAGAAAGGCUCUCCGCACUGCCCUCGCAACACAGAGAGAAGAUGAAGGCAAGACACUCGAUUGUAUCUUCUCGUCACCGGUCACAGGCGGCCGGAUCACACAUGCAAAGCAGCUGGCAGACCCAGAGCAUUGGGUCGGCAGCUUACUUCAGCCCGUGCAGUUCGUCAAAGCCUUUACCGACAUGGUCAGUCCUGGAUCAGGCAACGCCAACGUCGAUCUCAUCCUCGAAGUAGGACCUCACACAGCACUCGGCGGUCCCAUCAAAGAAACCCUGGCCCUGCCCGAGUUUGAGGGGUUGGAAAUCCCUUAUAUGGGCUGUCUCACACGCAACCAAGACGCGCGCGAGUGCAUGCUGGCAAUGGCACUCAAUCUCGUCCGCAGGGGCUACCAAGUUGAUCUUUCAGCCACGCGAAGCGCAGGACAGCAGAAGCCACGCGUGCUGAGCGAUCUGCCCUCGUACCCCUGGAAUCACGCCAAUAGGCACUGGGCUGAAGCGCGUGUUAACCAGGCCUACAGAGAACGGGACCAGGCGCCGCACCAUUUACUUGGCUCGCCUGUUCCGGGCGCAAAUCCCGAAGCUGCUACCUGGAGACAGAGGGUGCGCGUGUCGGAGAGUCCGUGGCUGAGGGAUCAUGUUGUCCAAGGUAACAUAUUGUAUCCCGGAGCUGGUUACAUAAGUUUAGCCAUCGAGGCCAUGAAGCAGCUGAGAGCCGAAUCGGCAUCCGGUUACAAGCUUCGUAACAUCGAGAUCCAUCAGGCGCUCGUGGUUCCAGACAACGCCGACGGGAUCGAGAUACAAACCGUGCUUCGGACUGUCAGCGACAAGAUCAUUGGUGCUCGAGGCUGGAGGGAGUUCGAGAUUUUGUCUGUCACUCAGGACAGCCACUGGACGCAGCAUGCCAAGGGUCUUAUCACUGUCGACUCGAACCUAGUAGACAAGAAAUCUGUACCAAAUCCCUUGGAAGAUUCGGGCUACACGCGACGCAUCGACCCCGAGGACAUGUGGGCCAGCUUGCGUAAACACGGCAUGAACCACGGACCCCUGUUCCGGAAUACUACGAGCAUCGUCCAAGACGGCAGCCCCAAGAGCAAGAUCCGGCAGUGCGUGACCACGAUCGAGGUGACUGGAUGCGAUGCCGACGCGCCAGUGAGCAAGCACCUACUUCACCCAACGACGCUGGACUCGGUCGUGAUAGCAUCAUACGCGGCCCUACCCGGCGGCGGUGCUCAAGAAGAAGGAGCCAGGGUGCCGGUGUCCAUCCGGAACCUCUGGGUCUCGGCUGCUGUGGCCAACACGCCCGGCCAUGCCCUCACCUGCCACACCAAGAUGGGACACCUCAGCCCGAAGAGCUUCCAGGCCGACGUGACUGUCGUCGACAACUCGGCACCUGUCCUUGAAGUGGAGGGUCUCGUCUGCCAGUCUCUUGGUCGCAGUUUCAACCCCGAACAGCAGCCCCAAUGGACCAAGGACAUGUACGCCAAGGUUGAAUGGGCCCCCGACCUACUGCUCUCAACCGGUUUAUCCGGCGGAUCACAAGCAGCCAAGACCUGGCUCGGUCCACCCCGCGAGCUGAAACUCAAAGACAAGCACGUCCUGAUGGGCCUCCGGCGUAUCUGCGUCUACUUCUGCCACGACGCACUUCAAUCCCUCACAGAGCAAGACAUCACCAACCUCAACCCACACCACGUCAAAUACCACGCCUGGAUGAAAGACACCCUCGCCCUCGCCGCCUCGUGCCGUCUAGGCCCCAACAGCGACAAAUGGACCCACGACUCCCCCCUCGAGCGAGAGCGCAACAUCGCCUUCGCCGAGUCCAAGAGCGCCGACGGCGAGCUGAUCUGCCGCCUGGGCCCCUUACUCGCGCCCAUCCUCCGCGGCGAGCAGGCCCCGCUCGAGGCCAUGAUGCAGGACAAACUGCUGUUCAAAUACGAGGCCAACGGCGUGCGCUUCGCGCCCGGCUUCGCCCAGCUUACCGCACUGCUGCGCGCCGUCGCGCACAAGAACCCGCGCGUACGCGUGCUGGAGAUCGGUGCCGGGGCUGGCGGUGCUACGCGGCAUGCUUUGCGGGCGAUGGGUGCCCAGGAUGAGGGCGGGCCGUUUGUCGAUAGCUGGCACUUCACGGAUAUCUCGUCGGGGUUCUUUGAGGCGGCACGCGACGAGUUUGCCAGUCAGGUCGACAUGCGGUUCGACAGGCUGGACAUCGAGCAGGAUCCGGCGGCGCAGGGCUUCCAGCUGGAGAGCUACGAUGUCGUUGUUGCUUCCCGCGUGUUGCAUGCUACCAAGGGGAUGGCUCGCACGUUAGAGAACGUCCGCAAGUUGAUGAAGCCGGGUGCCUCGCUGUUGCUCAUGGAGACGACGCAGGAUCAGGUCGACAUCCAGUUUGUCUAUGGCCUGCUUCCGGGUUGGUGGCGGAGCGAGGAACCGGAGCGCAAGUCUAGCCCGUCCUUCUCCAGUGCUGGGUGGGAAACCGUUCUUAAGAGUGCCGGUUUCAACGGUAUCGAUCUCGAGCUCCGCGACUACGAGACUCAUCAGGACAUGUACUCCCUCAGCAGCAUUCUGGCAUCAGUGCCCGCGCUCCCAUCCAGGCUGUCGGAAGACAGCAUCGUCAUCGUCACAAGCAAUGCUGCACUACCUCCAGACAACUGGCUACAGGCCCUGAGAGCAACCAUUGCGAAGACUGUCGGCGGACCUCUUCCUGCCGUACAGUCGCUCGAGUCUCCUACAAUUUCAUGCACCGCCAAGUUCUGUGUCUUCCUCGGCGAGGCAGGCCAGCCAUUGCUGAACAACCUAUCUGACACCGCAGCACUGGAUGGCAUCCGGGCCAUGCUGACUACCUCCAAAGGUGUACUGUGGGUCACUCGAGGAGGUGCAGUGGAAUGCACAGACCCCGACAUGGCCUUGGCCAAUGGCUUCCUGCGUGUUAUUCGCAACGAAUACGUCGGCCGCAGUCUGGUGACGCUGGAUCUAGACGCCAAAAAUCCGGCAUGGUCAGAACCCGACGUUUCAGCCAUCGUCCACGUGCUGACAGAGGGCGUGGGAAGUCGCCAGGGGCCGUCAGACUCCGAGGAGAACGAGUUUGCCCUGCGAGACGGCCUCGUAUUAGUUCCCCGCAUAUACAAGAACGCGCCUCUCGACAAGACACUGUCGCCCGAUGCUGCAGAACCUGAGCAGAUUGCCAACUCGGCCCUGUUCCAGGAUGGGCGCCCGUUGAGCUUGAAGGUAGGAAUGCCAGGAUUCCUGGACUCGCUGGUGUUUGAUGACCACGAGGGCUACGAGGAUUGGUACCCAGAGGAGGAUGCGGUGGUGAUUGAGCCACGGGCAUACGGAGUCAAUUCCCGUGAUGUCAUGGUUGCUAUGGGUCAGAUGCGGGAGAAUAUCAUGGGAGUCGAAUGUGCUGGUGUCAUCACCAGCUUAGGCAGCGAGGCCGCAGCGCAAGGCUUUGCCGUCGGCGACCGUGUCAUGGCUCUGCUACGCGGUCCGUUCGGCAGCUCUGCCCGCAUCUGCUGGCACUGUGUGUCGCCCAUUCCGGAAGGAAUGAGCUUCGAGGACGCCGCGUCUAUGCUCAUGGCCUUCACGACCGCCUACGUUGGUCUCGUCGACGUGGCCCGCCUCUGGCAGGGUCACUCGGUCUUGAUCAACGGCGUCACAGACGGCGUGGGUCAGGCGGCGAUCAUGUUGGCCAAAGACUACUUGGGGGCCGACGUGUACGUCACGGUUGGGUCUCAGGAGGAGCGCGAGUUCCUGGCACGCGAGUACAGCUUGCUGCCUGCGCGCAUCUUCAACAUCGAUGACGCCUCCCUCAAGUCGGACAUUCUGGCUGCUACGGGAGGUCGUGGUGUCGGUGUGGUGCUUAACUCGCUUAGUGGACCAUCGCUGCAGGCCGGCUUUGAUGUGCUCGCGCCCUUUGGCCACUUUGUUGAGGUAGGCAAGCGAGAUCUCCAAGACAACAGCCUCCUAGAGAUGUCCGCAUUCUCUCGGGUUGCGUCGUUCACAUCGGUCGACAUCAUCGCCCUCGCUCGACAGCGCCCAUCCGAGGCUUGUCGUGUUAUCAACGAGGUUGCCCGUCUCGCCGGCCAAGGCGUCAUCCGACACAUCAGCCCUGUGAGCAUCUUCCCCUUGGGUCAGAUCUCCAAAGCCAUGCGUCUUGUCCAGACAGAGAAGCAAAUGGGCAAGGUCGUUUUGUCAGUCUCCCCAGAAGAGCAAGUCAAAGUCCCGCCGCGUGUAGUCAAACCAAAGUUGAAGGCCGAAGUAUCAUAUCUGAUCGUCGGCGGCGUCGGCGGUCUGGGUCGACCGACGGCGUUCUGGAUGGCCGCAAAUGGGGCCAAGAACAUCAUCGUCAUUUCUAGGAGCGCCGGUAAGCUCGACGAGACGUCCUCGUUCGUGACUGGGCUACGUGAGCUCGGUUGCCGUGUUGUGGCCGUCAGCUGCGACGUGUCCGACAAAAACGAUCUGGCAAGGGCUCUGCAACACUGUGAAACCCAAGAGCGGCUUCCGCCCAUCCGAGGUGUUGUGCAGGGUGCCACGGUGCUCCGAGAUUCGAUCCUAGAAAACCUGACGCUAGACGACUGGCAGACCUCCAUCAAGCCCAAGGUCACAGCCACCUGGAACCUACACCGGUACUUCUCCAAGCCGGACAUGCUCGACUUCUUCGUCGUCUUCUCGUCACUAUCCGGCAUUUUCGGCUGGGCCAGCCAAGGGAACUACGCCGCCGGUGGCUCCUUCCAGGACGCUCUGGCGCUCUGGCGGACAUCGCAGGGUCUCCCCGCCGUGUCUCUCGACAUCGGCUGGGUGAAGGGCGUUGGCGCCUCCGAGUCCAAGAUCGUCUCGGACGGCCUCGGCAAGUCAGGCCAGUCGCUCGCCCUGUCCGACGAGGACGUGAUGCAAGCCCUCGGCACCGCCAUCCUCCACCCUCUUGAUCAGCCGCAGAUGCUUGUCGGUUUGAACUCGGGCCCGGGACCGCACUGGGACAUGACGAGCAAUAACUCGCCCAUGGGCCGCGACGCGCGCUUCAUGCCCUUGCGAUACAGGCCGCCGAUUGGCGCGAAGGGGCAGGGCAGUUCGCAGGCGCCGAAUGAGGCGGAAGGAGAUAUGAAGCCGCUCUCGGAGCUGUUGAAGGAGGCGGAGUCGCCCGAGGAUGCGCAGAAGCUGACGGCUGAUGCGAUUGCGAUGAAACUGGCUGACAUCUUCAUGCGGGAACGAGAUGACAUCGAUCUGAACAUGUCUCCCUCGUCACUUGGUGUUGACUCGCUCGUUGCUGUGGAGCUUCGCAACAUGCUCAUGUUGAAGGCCGGGGCAGAUGUGCCCAUCUUGGGUAUCUUGCAGAGUCCGUCGCUAACUGCGCUGGCCUCCGAUGUCGUGGCGAAGAGUAUAUAUGUGACGUCGAAAGCUUGA